GAAGUGGGCGGAGUAAUAUGGAGGCGUUUCCGGCAGGCCCCGGCUGCUGAAAGCCGGGGCAAGAGUGUGGUCCCCGGAGGGAUUCCUGUCCACCGCCGAGGCGGUGGUUGCGGUAAGAGUCGAGAGGUGUUGGACACGCUGGCCCAUUGCCGCUGUACGCUGCAAACUUAUUUCAGCUCAAAAUGAACUAUAUGCCCGGUACCGCCAGCCUCAUCGAAGACAUUGACAAAAAGCAUUUGGUCCUGCUUCGAGAUGGAAGGACACUUAUAGGCUUUUUAAGAAGCAUUGAUCAAUUUGCUAACUUAGUGCUACAUCAGACUGUGGAGCGUAUUCAUGUGGGCAAAAAGUACGGUGAUAUUCCUCGAGGGAUUUUUGUGGUCAGAGGAGAAAAUGUGGUCCUACUAGGAGAAAUAGAUUUGGAAAAGGAAAGUGACACACCCCUCCAGCAAGUGUCUAUUGAAGAAAUCCUAGAAGAGCAAAGGGUGGAACAACAGACCAAACUGGAAGCAGAGAAGCUGAAAGUUCAGGCUCUUAAGGAUCGAGGUCUCUCCAUUCCUCGAGCAGAUACUCUGGAUGAGUAUUAAGUCUUUUGCUUAAAGGCAAUUGCUUUUGGGGAGCAGGAGCUGUCACUGAAAUGAAAGUGACAUCCUGGUCACCUUUGAUGAGAGACUGUAAAAUUUUGAAAAGUCAUUUUUAUUUUGAAUUAUUUCAUUUAUGCAAUAUGAAGAACUCAUGUAGCUUCUUUUUUUUUUUAAAGUAACAAAAUCAUUGUCUAAGGAAAGAGUGCCAUGAACUCCUUUCUCACAUCACUGCAGAGCCGCCAACUCCUCCUUUAUAUUGCUUUCCUUAUCCCAAAUUAGACUUUAUAAGGGACAUUCUUCACUUACUUGUAAAUAAAAUAUGAAAUCUCAAAA